UAUAAUGUAAAGAAAAGUAAAAAGCUGUCUCUCUGUCUGUCUGUCUCUCUCUCUCUCCAACCUAAUUUCCGUGCUCUCCUUCACUUCAUCUUCCAUCUCUUUCUCUCCCAUCUGAUUUCAGCAUGUAGACUCAUGCUUCAUCUUUUUCCCUUCGCGUUCAACGUUGUUGUUGUUGUUGUGUUAGUCUUUGUUCGGUUUGUUCUCUCGAGCGAUGGCCGUGGCGUUUCAGGGCUUCUCGAUCCGAGAGUAUGCAGCGAAGAUGAGGACCGUCGACUUGGGGAAGUGCUGGCCGUUCGGCGUAGACCCGGCUGAAGAGAUGAAGAAAGAAGAUAUCAAGUUGUUGCUCCCUCCGAUCACUGUUACGAAGUUCCGCUGGUGGUCCCACGAGCUCCACGGAGGCCGAAAACACGAUCAAAUCCACGGAGGCAACGCAAAUGUUCGAGGAGAGGAAGUAGAACUUCGAAGAAAUGGGAGUGAACUUGACGCUGAAAGGGCCGAGUUCAAGAAAUCACAGGCGGAGGAUGAGAAAUUGGAGAUGGUUUGCCCGGUUUGCCUGGUUUUCACGGCGGCUACGGUGAAUGCUGUGAAUGCGCAUAUGGAUAGUUGCCUUGCGCAGCCUUCGAAGAAGGAGGCGAGGCGGCAAAUGAAGGCAAAGACGUCCAAAGCGCCCAAGAAAAGAUCGAUUGCGGAGAUUUUCGCGGUAGCGCCGCAGAUCGAAGCAGUAGAUGUUGAUGAUGAAAGUGGGGAUGAAGAUAGCAGUGGUGGAGGAGAAAUGUUUGGCAGUUGCAAGUUUUCAAGUAGGGAUAACGUGGUUUCUAUAAUCAAGGGUAAGAAGAACAUUAAUAAGAGGAUGAAGCUGAAGAAGAAAAAGAAGAAGAAACGGGCUUUAGAAGAGAGUGGUAUGGCAAUUGUGAGCAAGUUGAAGAAGAACAAGAAGUUCAUGAAAAAGGCGGCGGUGAAAAAUGGGUCAAUUGCAAAGAAGGAGACUUUGCAUAAGAUCAAACUGCCAGCACAUGUUGAUUUUACUGUAAAACCAAAUGGUUCAUUUUGUAAUAAGAGGUUUCCAGAGGAUAUCUUGGAUGCUUCUUUUAUCCGAGGAAAGAAACCAAGUCUGAAAUGCUUGUCCUUGCAAAAGAGGCUCAAAGUUGUUCAAGCGUCCAAAUUUAUUGCAAAGCAACAGAAGCCAGUGUUUCCCGUUCGUAGCAUUCUCAAAGCCCAUAAAAAAGUUAUUCCUGGGCUCAACUCUGUAACUUGCCCCUUGCAAUGUAGUACUCAAAUAAAUCAUUCUGGUAUUCAUCGGUCUGACAGACAUGUGAGAUUCUCAGGUAAGGACGACAUUCUUGGUCCAAGGACGAAAAAGAUUUCAGAUGCCUUCGUGCACUGUACAAGCAAACAUUUUUCAGAUGCCUUCGCUGCUUCAUCAGAGGAGUGCCUUUCCGACGAACGUGAUAAAGUUUCCCCUAUGGAGAUUGAUGGAACCCAGGAUGUUGUUUUCGCCAGUACAGAUAAUGGAACUGGAGUUCUACCUAUAGCUGGAAGGGAGCAUUUGCUCAAUACUCAUGGUCAUGUGGAUAUACAGAAGAAUCUGAGACCACAUGUUACUUGUCAAGACAAAGCAAAGCAUUUUCCAGAGAAACCAGUUUCUCCAAGUCAAGUUGCAAUUCAUAAUGAUGAAGUACACAGAUUCGUUUCUGCACUUGACGGAAGGCACAAUACUUGUGUAAAUGCUCAAGUAGGUGGCAAUGUUGUCAGAGCUUUCAAUGAGAGUGGAAAGUCAAUUGAUCAUUUUGUAGAUUCUAUCCAUGGAGUUCCCGUAAUAAGUUCAAUAUCAAAUACGAGGUUAUCUUCGCCACCCUCAUCAUCUUGUUUUGUGUCAGAUGAAAAUGCUAACAGGAGGCUGCCAUUUUUAUCACAAUCUGCCACACAGAAUUUUAAUGGACAUACUAUGCAUUACCAACCACAUUGUCAUGCAUCUCCAAUGGAGUUGAUGAAUAGCGUACGUCUAUUUCCAGAGUGGAAGCAAAGAGCAGUUUCCGUUCGAGAAAAGUGCAUGGAUGAUGGAUUUUUUGGUUUGCCUCUCAAUUCACAAGGUGAGCUAAUCCCAUUUAGUUCAAGUGGGCAAGGUGCAUUUGACCAGCUGAUGUUGCCUAGCUCAGUACACCAUUCUUCCAGUAGCUUACCUGUACACAAUCUUGUCAUGCGACAAAGUAUUGGUGAUUAUUGGAGUGUGAAGAAGAGGCAGAUUGCCGAGGGAGAACAUUCAAAAGAUCCAUUAAACUUGUUUCCUGUGCAGAAUUAUGUUAUAGAGAACCCUAAAGUACAUUUACCUGCUAGGUUUGGUGUAACUGAGUUAGAAGCUACAGGAAGAUCAGAUGCUCACGGGCUUAAUUUUGAGAGGCUUAACCACCACUCGGUUAGCCAGCUUGAUUCAGACCUGAACCUGUCUUUCGGUGGAUGCAGACAAUAUAAUCAGGAGCAGGACCAAAAUGCUAAUGGGAGAGUUCAUCCUGAGAAAUAUCCAGAUAAAAUGAUUCUAAAUUCUACCCAACCAACAAUGCGGUUGAUGGGUAAAGAUCUAGCAGUUGGUAGAAGCAGCAAGUUUGAGGACGGUAAGGUCUGGACUGAUAAGGAGAUUAUUGCAGAAGAUUGUCCUGCAAGUACUGUACUGGAAAAUUCUUUUAUGGAGAGAAACUUUCUUCAGGACUGGAUGUUGCACCCUGCAUCGCGUAAACCGAAGGAAAGUGUAGCUAAUUCAUUAGCAAUUCAAUGCAAUCACACAGCGCAGGACAAUUUGAUGACGAAAGCUUCAGAGUCUAGGAUUUCUAACCCAUUUCUCAAUUGGCAAACCAAUGCAUUGCAUAAAAAUGGCAGCCUUACUUUCAACGAAAACCCUAGUAAUUCACAUUCAUUUGUUCAUUCACCUGCCUCCUCAGGCGCGUUUAGAGGUGCACCCAGCUUCCGGGAGCCAUUUCCAUCUGGAGCUGAAGCUCUAAGAGGCAGUCAUUAUUUACCACUGGCAUCUACUCCUCACAUAAGUUGUCAACAUAUCCCUUGGAGUCCUGUUGAAUUCAAUCACAAAAAUCAACCUCAUGCUACAAAAUCAGCUUUCAACUUCCCUUUCUUGUACACAGACUGUAGAGAAGAUGUUCAACCCUAUUGGUUCCAGAGAUCUUCAGAGAGUCUGCCCCCUUGGUUGUUACAUGCACAACAGGAUAAACAAUUAAUUACUUCGUCCCAAUUCAUAUCUGAUUUGGGUCAUAAUUACCCUCCCCAACUUAUCUCUGGAACUAACUUUUUUCCUUCCCAACCUGUGAAUCAUUUGUCAGAAGUUUCUUAUCCAGUGAAAUCUCAGUCACACUUCAAGAGUUCACUCGGUUCAACAUCUAUACUUCACCCUGCACUUGUUCCUGUCAUACCUACGGUUAAUACUCCUGCUGUCAAUAUGGAGUAUGGGAACAGAAUUAAGUUCAGAGAUAAACUGAAGUCGAAAGCUUUUGGCAUCAAAGACCCUAAUCCUUGCAAGAAAACCAAGAGGCCAACGGCUAAAGCAGAUUGUUCAACAAAAGCCACCAGGAUACCUAAUUUACAAAUGCAAAAGGAUUUAAAUGCUGUGAUGGGGUUGACCAGUGAAAACUUUGGCAGGGACAUUCAAAGUAAUGUGGCAGUGGCUGAACGCAAUCCAAGAAGGGAUAAAACUAGCAGUUUAGGAUGUGGCUCAAAUGAGAGCUCAAAGGAUGGGCUCAGAAAUUCAACUGGCAUUGAUUUUUCGAAAGAUCAUGAUUUGGCAAGAUCAGGUCCCGUUAAACUAACCGCAGGAGCAAAGCACAUCCUGAAGCCUAGUCAAGCUGCCGAUCAGGAUAACUCUAGGCUGAUCCACUCAACCCUCCCUUUUGCAGUUGCAACAAAUUGUGAAAGCGCACAAGAAUCUCAGAAGAAAUUAACAAAGAUUUACAGGUUUUAGAAGUAUUCAAGUGGCAUCUGUACGGGGGUUUUAAAGUUGUCUAUAAUGACUUUAUCCUUUCAAAGAAUUCACGGUAUUCGCAAAGGUUUGACCAUCCAUGUUCCUGAAAAUGUA